AUGCCGGUCAGAGGUCAGGUAAUUGGGGUAGAUGACUGGCGCGUUGACAGUAAGAUUGAAGGGUAGCACUCGUAUUGGAUGAAAAGGUGAGACAGCGUGAAUAGCAAAUAUGGGCUAGAUAAAUAAUCUAAUCAAUAAAAAGUAGAGUGAGGAUUAAUCCGAAUGGAAAUAGUUAUGCACAGAAAUUAAACAGAAGGAGCUAUGAAUGAUACAGGGUCAUUAAUGUAAGUGAUCAACCCAUUAGUUGGGCACAGUGAGUAGGCUAUACAGGAAACGAAGAAAGCAGUAUCCCAACAGUUACAAACUAGUAAAUGAGAACAAAGUCAUCAGCAGGUAAAAAUGCACGUGCUUGUUCUAUGUCUCAUUCAAAGUUGUGUCAAGUUCUUUAUAAAGCGUAUUGUAACUGAUUAAAACAAAACGGACUUAAAUGCCACAACAAGUCCUUUUGCAGCUCGUAAUGAGACCAUUAGACGGGCUGCCCGACGAAACAGUCCUGUCGUCCGCGUGCUUCCAAUGCAAGAACCAGCUUGAUUCCUUGUGGAACUCACGAGGGCACACUAAAUUAGAAACUAAACUUGCCUUUCUCGUCGUCUUGACUCCGUGAGCACUGUUGUGCAGGCACGUGCUCACUCUCGCUACUGUCGAAAUAAGGGAAAAAUACUGCCCAUUUGCGCCCAAUUUCUACAAGUCUCUCCCCCACUGCAGUCCCUUGUCGUUGUUUAUCCAUUUUACCAAAUUCUUCAUAUUCUGUCGGUGUUCUUGCAACAAUGUGUUUUUUUUUUAUUUCAGAAUAUUCAAGCAGUUUGAGCCUUCUUCACUUUUGUUAUGAGGCUUCACCCAUUAAUGCUUUUGAAUCUAGCAGCUCUUAGGCUGCACAUUGCGGUGGAUAGUGGACGACAGAAAAAAUAUUUCGAGCACACGAAUUCACAACCACAUCCACAAACUCUGGGAGAAAAGAGUAUUCUUUUUUCGAGAAUAAGUUAGAGCAACAAACCCAGGUUAAGCGUUGGUGAAUAAGGAAGAAUGGCAAAAUUUGUAGGAACAAAAUACAACUGCACAUGGCAAUACGAUAAAACUAGACCACAACAAAAAGCAUGAUGGGAACAUAAAUAAACCAGGGUCACCAAGGACUUCACCCACAACCAUCAAUAAAUACAUACAGUAGGUGUGCAACUCAUGAAAUGUCAGCCGAAAUUCCGAAAUGCGUUUUCGUUUCGAGAGGAUUACUUAAGUAGGGUUGUAAAACUAAUUAUCAUGCAGCAUAAUUCUAUAAUAAUCCAGUUACCUCAGGAUGCCAACCUUUGAACGAACGUUUUUCUGGCCGCAUGCAGAAACCAUACUCUGUAAAAAAUGACUGCUUAAGUAGCAUGAAUUUUUCUCAUCGAUAUUCGAUGUCCUUAAAAAUUCAAUUAUGUUUCAUAUAAAAUACGCAUAAAAUAUCCAUUCUUUUACUCGUUCAGUUGAAAAUUACUUCUUUUUUCAAUUUUAUGCUCGAAAAAAGGUAUACUUCGGCUUUCAAACACUUUUCUAAUUCCCGAAUAAUGUUGAAUCCGAUCUGCCGUUGCAAUUGUAUUCAGGGUUUCCAAACUACAAGCCGUAUAUUUUCCGCGUACUGAAAACCAUACAUUUCUCUACGGUAUUGAAAGUAGAUCAUAUGGGGUUUAUAAAGUGUAGCAGUGGAUUUGAGACAUACUGUAAAUAUUACAAGCAACGUCAGUAAAUGCAGAGACAGGAUAUUUGAUGAACGGACAUUUCACGGUAUUAAAAAAUCUCAUAAUCGGAAACUUUUUUAAAAGCGUACUAUGCCCUUCCUUCAAGUAUAAAAUUUAAAGAAGGCGUAAUUUUCUACCGAAUGAGCAAAAGAACGAAUAUUUUUAUGUAUGUUUCCUAAGAAAUAUAAUUAUAUUUUAAGGGUAUCGAAAAUCAAUGAAACAUUCGUGCUACUUAAGUAGUCAUUUUUUACGGAUUGUGGUUUCUGAAUGUGGUUUCUCUUUCCCCUCGUUCAUCUUGCUCCGACAAUGAGACAGUGCCAGGGUGACUGGAGGUGGGCGUAGACGUAGUGGUUGAGAAUACUAGAAGGUCGUGUAUGCGUGCCAUAACUACAUCUGAAAUGGUACACUGAGGGCGGCUCAGAUCUCACGUGUGUGAGAUUGCCAUGGAGGCCGCAUUAAGCGAUCAUUGCUUCCCGACGCACAGCCCUCCAUUCAAUCCAAAAUUCUCAUCAUAAAGACCGAUUUAUCCCUUCAGUUGGCAGCCUUUCGGACCACGGUUCCUAGCGCACUGUGAUGGAUUCAAGCACGCCAGGUUUACCAUAACCAGGGAUGCGUUGAUUGGCUGCCUUGUUGAGUUUCCGUGUCGGUCUCACUCUUCCCUCUUCUAGCCACCAACCAAGUGCCGGAACAUGUCAGUCAACUAAUGAGGGAAUUGGGCGCAGUGACUGACACCUGAUAAAGGACUGCAUCUAGGUCGUUCGGCAUGUACGGCAGCAAUUACGGAGUCGCGUAGACUUUGAGCUGAGACAGUUCGCUCGCAAUAUCGGCCAUGUCAAAAUGGGUUUGCAUGGUUACUGUAGAAGGGGAACGUGGUCUUAGGGGAGUGGCAGGGGGAAGAAGCUAGCAGGCGAGAAGGACCGUCCUAACUGAUGAUGAUGAUGACGACGACAACGACGACGAUGCUGAUGAUGAUGAUGAUGAUGAUGAUGAUGAUGAUGAUGAUGAUGAUGAUGAUGAUGAUGAUGAUGAUGAUGAUGAUGAUGAUGAUGAUGAUGAUGAUGAUGAUGAUGAUGAUGAUGAUGAUGAUGAUGGACUAGGAGGAGGAGGGGCGGUGUUCUGA